AUUAGAUAAAGAGAAGGGGAAAAGUUUAUCUAGAGCUUACCUUCGUGAACGACAGAUAACAAUAAUGCAUGGCAAUUCAAGAAUACAUAGUUGAUAAAUUCUAGUAAAGAAGCCCACAACAUAGUCCAAAAAAAGAGGAAAAUUCUCUCAUGGCUCUUGCUUCUGCAGCUGUGGCUCCUUCCGCACAACAAUGGAAAUCGGAUGUGUUCCUUGGUUUCAGUGGUGAAGACACUCGAAGUAAUUUUGCUAGCCAUCUGCAUAGAGAGUUGUGUCGAAAAGAGAUCAUUACCUUCAAGAACGAUAGAGAGCUUCAAAAAGGAGUUCCCAUCCCUCACCAGCUCCCUAAAGCAAUACAUGACUCAAGAAUCUUGGUCAGUUAUUUUUCGAAAAAUUAUGCGGACUCCAAACGGUGUUUGAAUGAACUUAUACAAGUUUUUGAAUGCAAGAAAGCUGGGAGGCAGACUGUUCUGCCCAUUUUCUAUGAUGUGAGUCCACGUGAUGUUCGAAAACAGGCUGGUAAAUUUGGAGAACCCUUCACUGAGUAUGAAAAACUUUUCAAAGACAACAUUAAGAGGGUUCGACGAUGGAGAAUUGCAUCGACAGAGGUGGCCAAUCUCUCUGGACGGUAUCUAAAUGGCAGGGAUGAGUCAGAGUUUAUUCAAGAUAUUGUUGAACACAUACUUGGCCAAUUGAGAAGAUCAAGUCAAAGCAUUGCCAAGGAUUUUGUGGGAAUGGAGUGCAGGUUGCGGAUAAUAUAUGAUUAUUUGGACUUAGGACAACUGAUUAAAGUUCGAAUUAUAGGGAUAUGUGGGAUGGGCGGAAUAGGUAAAACGACUAUUGCUAGUGUUGUUUACAAGGAAUUGUACUGUCAUUUUUAAGGCAGUUUUUUCCUUGACAAUGUUAGAGAGUCUUCUGGGAAAUAUGGCAUUGUUUCUUUACAGAAAAAACUUCUAUCUGCAACAUUGACGGAUAAAGACAUUCAAGUAAAUGAUGUUUAUAGAGGAACCGAUGAGAUGAGAAAUGGAUUCCGUCGUAAAAAGGCUUUGUUCAUUCUUGAUGAUGUUGAUCAGCUAGAGCAAUUAGAGUUAUUGAUUGGAAAAAGGUAUGAACAAUGGUUUGGUGUUGGAAGUAGAAUCAUCAUAACAAGGGAUGAACAUCUGUUGAAACAAUACGGAGCAGAUGAAAUAUAAAGGGUUGAGGAGUUAAAAAAUCAGGAUCCUUUCAAACUCUUUUGCUCAAAAGCCUUCAAGAAUAAUGAUCACAUGGAAGAUUAUGUGGAGCUUUCUAACGAGUUUGUAAAAUAUGCCAAUGGACUCCCUUUAGCUCUUGAGGUUUUAGGUUAUUCUUUGUCUAGUAAAUCUACGAAGGAGUGGAUCAGUGCAUUGGAUAGACUCAAAGGACUUCCUAAUGAAAAAAUUAUAUGCAAACUUCAAUUAAGCUAUGAUGGGCUUAAUAAAAAAUCACAAGAAAUUUUCCUUCAUAUUGCAUGUUUCUUCAAUGGAAUGGAGAAAGAUAAUUUGGUAAAAGUACUAGAAAGUUGUAGAUUCUUUCCAGAUAUUGGAAUAGGGGAACUCGUUGAUAAAUCUCUCAUAACAAUUCGCAAAUUGGAUAUGUUUAGGAUGCAUCAUUUGCUUCAAGAAAUGGGAAAAGAAGUUGUUUGUAGAGAAUCUCGUGAAGACCCAGCGCUAUUUAGUAGGUUAUGGCUUGAGAAGGAUGCCUAUUACAUUGAAAUAAAACAAGUUAAGGAUACAGUCCUGCAUUCAUGGAAACAAAGGGAACACUUGAGUGCUAAAAUAUCCUUGGAAUCUUUUCCACCAAAUUUUCAGCCAGAUGAACUUGUCCAACUCCACAUGCAAUGCAGCUGCAUGGAACAACUAUGGAAGAGAUUAAUAAAAGUAUGUUGUGUUCUUUUGUACAUCUCGUUACAGCCCAUUGAGAUGCUGAAAGUCAUCGAUCUUAGUUACUCUGAAAGCUUAAUCAAGACCCCAGACUUUCAUGAGGUCCCAAAUCCGAAGGAGUUGAAUCUUAAAGGAUGUAAGAGUCUGCGUGAAGUUCACGAAUCUAUCGGAGUUCUAAAAAUGCUUGUUUUUCUGAAUAUGGAGAAAUGCAGAAACCUGGUGACUCUUCCAAAUAGCCUUUGUGACUUGAAGUCCCUUAAGACUUUUAUGUUAUUUGGCUGUUCAAAACUAAAGAAAAUGCCAGACAGGUUGUGGGAUAUGACUUGUUUGGUAGAGUUAGAUGCAGUUGGAAUUGGUAUACAAGAACUGGAAUUAGCUGAGAAAGGGGCUUUCCUUCUCCCAUCAUGGUUGAUGCCAAAGGAAAAACUACAGAUUUCAAAUCCUAUGGCCAUUGUGUUUCCUUCUUUGUCAGCUGUACCCUCUUUGAAAAAACUAAAUCUAAGUUACUGCAAUCUUGGUGAUGGAGCAAUUCCCAGUGACCUCAGAGGCUUCCCCUUGCUGGAAUUUCUCGAUCUAAGUGGAAAUAAUUUUAUAAGCCUACCUUCAAGCAUCAGUCGUCUUUCUCGACUUAGUCAUCUACCUGAAAAACACAAUCUAAAGAAUUUUCGGAUGGAUUCCACAAAUUGCUCCAAAUUAAAUGAUUAUAAACAGAAUACCAAUGUGGUAUUAUUUAGAUGGCUGAAAAGUUGCAUGCUUCCUUUUCUUAAAAUCCGUCGGCUGCUUAGGAUAGAAGAAAUGUGCCAAAGCAAGGAUCAGUUUGGAAAAAUUUGCCAUAAGAAAGGCAUUGAAGUAGCAAACAUAAAUUGGCUCCCUCAAUUUUCUGUGCGUUUACCUGGAACUAAAAUUCCUGAAUGGUUCAACUAUCAGAGUGUCUAUAGUAAGAAACGCCUAUCUUCAUGUGAAAAGUGGCUGAACAUUGCAGGUUUUAUUGUUUGUGUUAGGAUUAAUAGUCUCCUACGGUAUCCUCUCCCUCUACCUUCUUGUGAAUUUAAAGUGUAUGCUAAAACAGGGUUUGUAUGGAGCACCUCAUAUCGUCUCGGGUUCUCUAGAGAUGUAUUUCUUAAAUCAGACUAUCUUUACUUCUUCUUUGUUGCCAAUCGCAUGAUAGAUCUUUAUGAAGAACAAAGUCCGACUGAGAUGGAAGUCACUUUCAGCAGAUACCGAUGCAAAAAUUUUGGGAUGUGCAUUGUACGUGAGAACGAAAUACGGGGAUUAAUUCAGUCAAUUCUGACAGUUGAAGAAAUGAGUAUGGAGUCGCAAUACAGUUUAUUCCAGUCAACUCCAGAACAAGCAAUAAGUAUGGAGUCGCAAUACAAUUCAUUCCGGUCAGCUCUAGAUCAAGCAACAAAUAUUAAGUCAUCAUACAAGUUAUUUCUGUCAGCUCUAGAAGAAGUAAUAAUCAUCCAGUUAGCUCUAAAAGAGGUAAUAAGAAUGCGGUCAGCUCUGAAAGAAGCAAUAAAUAUGGAGUCCCAGCACAAUUCGUUCCGGUCAGCUGUAGAAGAAUUAAUAAGAAUGCGAUCAGCUGUAGAAGAAUCAGUAAGCAUGGAGUCACCAUGCAAUUUAUUCUUGUCAGCUCUAGAAGAAGAAAUAAGUAUGGAGUUGCAAAACAAAUAUAAUUUUUUCCAGUCAGCUCGAUCAGCCCUAGAAGAAGCAAUAAGUAUGGAGGCCCAAUAUGAUUCAUUCCGGUCAGCUCUAAAAGAAGUAAUAAGUGUAGAGUUGCAAUACAGGUACAGAAGGUACGAAGGUAUUCGAGCAAAGGAAUUCUGGUGGUCAUUCUGGAAUGAAGUGAAGAGAUUUAAUCGAUUCAUGACAUUUGAGGUGAAGGAAUUUAAUCAAGCAAAGAUUGUAGAAGAUGACACAUCAUUCUGGCUAAAUAUUGCAAAACAGUUACGCAGGCUCCUCGGUCAUUUUGGUCAAAGCUGAUGAAGGAAUUUAAAAAGUCCACGGAAGAGUUGUAUUCAUAAUUAGAUUAAUUAAAUAAAUAUUUUUCGGGCAAACUAAUGAAUUUUCAUACGAUUUUUUUUUUUUUAAAUCUGCUUCGUUCAAUCAAGUUGUUGCUAUCAAGGGAUUGGCAGGUGAAGUUCCUGCACUGUUUCAGGGAAGCUAACAAGGUUGCGGACUCUCUAGCCAACAUGGCUGUCAUGGCGCCCUCUUCCAGGAUGGUUUUUGUUGAUCCGCCGCUGCUGGUCUUGGAUCAUCUUCGUUGGGACAGGUAUGGAACUUCUUGGCCUAGACUCAUCUCUGGCUGAGUUAGUUUUUUAGUUUUUCUUUUGGGGUUUUGUCCCUUAUUUUCAUAGGAGGAAAACUUCUAUAUGAAUUUUAUAUUGAUUUUUUCAAGAGUUAAUAAUUUUUUG